AUGUUUGAAGCCGAAAUGGCACUGAACCCGUCAAAAUCGUGGAGCGGCUAUGACAAGUGGAAUGCGGACUUUACGACAACUACGACAAACUCAGAUGGGCUUUACCGACAGGGUACACAAUAA